CGUAGCUAGUCCAGAGUGGAGCAAAACGCCAUUUCACCGCGUAAACUACCGUCUAUAAACCCAGCAAAGUCGCAUCUUACAUUUAAUCAAUCCUAGCCGCAUUUCAGACAUUCCUUCUUCCCCCACACUUCUUUUCCCCAGUUCACAUCACAUUUCGCAUCUCACCUUACCUCAAGAAACUCUGUUUGAACUGCAAAUAUGUCACGCCCAAUCGAAAUCGUCGCAAUCGUGCAACCCAAACCCGGAAAAGCAGACAGAGUUCAAGAAAUUCUUACCGAAGCCGCACAAAUCGUCAAGGAUACUGAGCCAGGAAUUCUGCGCUACCACCUCCACCGCGAAAUCAAAGGCAACAAACCAAGAUUCAUCAUGCUGGAGAAAUACGAAAACCAAGCCGCACUAGACGUACACGUAAAAAGCGACAUCGGCAUACGAGUAGGCAAGGCGUUCAAAGACGAGGAUUUGAUCGAGAGCCCGAUGAAGGUUAUUUUUGUGAAGAGCGUUGGAGGGUACGAGAGCAAGUUGUAAAUUGUAAAAUCAAGUAAUGCCGAGAAGUGUGUGGGAGAGCGGAAGAGAAAUUUUAAUCAAGUUUUACUGAAACAAGCGAUGGCGUAAUGUUGAAAUGGUUGAUUGGAAUUUCGUUAGUGUUUGGGUUCAACAAGGUGAAGAGAAGUGGAUAUUUUACUCGACAUAGUCGAUUAGUCAAAUCUGGGUAGAAAUGCCAGAUCGAGAAGAAGAACGCUCGACAUCUAAAGUGACUACCUCAAAGGCAGGGCUCCAGAUAUCGGAAACAAGAAAUCAACGCUUGACC